AUGUUUGGGAUUCUGCUGCUUCUCUUUUCCAUCCUGAGCCCUGCGCUGGCCUGGCUCCCGAUGGAGGACUGGGAGUCAGGGAACGUGACUUCAUCUGGUGGAGAACUGGAGUGUAAGUGCAGCGUGUUUCUGCCUGACAUCAGCUUUCCUGCUGACCGAAUGCAACAAAUGCAGCAGGUCAGCUCCGACCUGAGAGUGGAGGUGCAGAUCCAAAUGAAAAAUAUGGAGAACUAUGACGGUAAGCUAAAUGUCUACCUGAAGGAGCUGGCACAGCUGAGUUUCCGAGUGGCCAUGCUGGAGACCAGCGCUGCCAAUUACGUCAAGCUGGACUUUGAGCUGCUAAGGAUCGAGCUCAGGGAGUUUGAGGCUCUGGUGUCUCAGCUCAAAGACUCCUUCAACUCCUCCUCACCCGUGCUGGAGGAUCUGCUUACAGAGAUUCACAAUAUGACCAACCUUGUUAACCAAAUGGAGACUUUUGAUAAAAGCAACCUGGAAGUGAUCCGCAUUGAGUUUGCUAAGCUGCAGAGGAAGCUGGAGGAAUGCCUGAAGGCGCAGGACUACAUCGAGCCGGAUAUUGGCAACUGCAAUCACACAGGAAUCCUGAGUGUAAGCAAGCCCACAGUGAUCCAAAUAAAUGCCCACUUGAACUCAGGAUACCAUUAUGGCGGCUGGGGAAAAGACUCUAAGCCAGUCCGUGGCUAUGAGUCGAUGUACUGGUACGGCGCCUACAGCAGUCCCAAUGUUUAUGAGUUUUACUUGUACUCUGAUUAUGACAAACUCCUUCAGAGAUCCACCUUCACUCAUUACACGCUGCCACAAGGCUACGUAGGCACAGGGAAUAAUUACAUUGUCCAUGGUAAUACAAUCUACUAUCAGGCUGCUGCUCCUUUCAGAAUGUCCAAAUUAAACAUGACCUCCUCGGUGUUUAGUCACAUGGAGAUCUCACAGGCAAGCGAGAAAUUCACCUACACCUAUUCACCAAGCCAGUAUCUUGAUUUCUCAGCUGAUGAGAAUGGAUUGUGGGUAAUGUAUACCAAUGAUGAGGCAAGAGGUAAAAUAGUUGUUGCUAAAAUCAAUGAGAAGUCAUUUGGCAUUGAGGAUGAGUGGACCACCAGUGCAUACAAGCCUCUAGCUGGUAAUGCUUUCAUGGUUUGUGGGGUUAUGUACGCCACCAGGCCUAGUGAUCUGAAGACAGAGGAGAUCUAUUAUUCCUAUGACACCACGACAGGUGAGGAGAAAUACAUGAGCAUUCCCAUCCAGAAGUUCCAGGAGAAACUCGUCAACCUGCACUAUAACCCCACUGAUCAGAGGCUUUACAUGUACAACGAUGGCUAUUAUGUGUCCUACAACGUGAGGUUUAACAAAGAGUGA